AUGAAGCUCCUGCGGCUCCCACAGGCACUGCUGCCCCGGCUGCUUCUGUUCCUGGCCUUUACCCUUCUGCUUCUUCCCCUCAUCUGGGUCCAGGUGCCCACCCUGGGCACCCUCAGGCUGCCAGUACCUGUUGGGGCGCCACAAAGCCUCAUCACUUUCCAGUGGGAGGAGUUGGAUGCGGGGAAUCCUUCCAUCCUGGAAGAGACCAGAGGCAGCCAGAAUGUCACCCCCACACCCCCACCAGCACCCACACCCACACCCCCACCAGCACCCACACGCACCUGGCACCCACUGCAGCCGCCUUACCCCUACCCCUACCGCUUCCUCCUCAAUGCGCCCCACAAAUGCAAAGGAGAGGCCCCCUUUCUGGUGAUGCUUGUGGUGUCAGAGCCGAGGGAUGUGACCAGGCGCCAUGCUAUCCGUUGCACCUGGGGCAACGAGAGCACUGUGCCGGGUGUCUCAAUACGGCGCCUCUUUUUGCUGGGGAAGCCUUCCCCAUGGUCUGCUCCCCUGAGACAGGCACUGGCCAAUGAGAGCAUGGCCCAUGGAGACUUGCUGCAGCAGGAUUUCCUGGAUACCUACAACAACCUGACGCUGAAGACGCUGAUGGGGCUGGAGUGGGUGGCACGGUACUGCCCCGGCGCCCACUAUGUCUUCAAGGCCGACAGCGAUGUCUUCAUCAAUGUGGGCUACCUGGUGCAUCGGGUGCUCCGGCCCCAGUGCCCACCCCGGCCGAACUUCGCCACAGGUUACAUAUACCAUGACACAGGCCCCAUCCGGUGGCAGAAUAGCAAGUGGUAUGUGCCCCCUGAGUUGUACCCCAACACCACUUACCCUCCCUACUGUGGGGGCCCCGGUUACGUGCUCUCUGGGGACCUGGCCCUCAAGGUGUUUGCUGUUGCCCAGACCCUGCAGACUGUGAACAUGGAGGAUGUGUUUGUGGGGCUGUGCCUACAUGCUCUGGGCAUCCCUGUGACUGACAGUUCCUGGGGUCUGUUCAACAUGUACAAGGUGGAGUAUGAGCCCUGCCACUUCGCCAAGCUGGUGCUGUCCCACCACUAUGACCCUGAGGAGCUGCUGAGGGUCUGGAAGGACUUCCAGGAGUAA